AAAUGACUAACCAGUAGUUGGCCUCAUCUUAACUCAGACAUGGAUAAGUGAUAUUUCCAUCUCACUCUCUCUCUAUCCAAAAGAAAUAAAAAAAAAAUGGCGACUACUCCUCCUGUCUCUCCAAUUCCCCACUCCAUUGUCACCCACUCUUCCACUUCAAAACCCCCGCCAACACUUUCGUUUUCUCACUCUCCGCCAUUCAGACCCCAAUUCCCUCAAAAAACUCUCAGAAGAGAUUUCUUGAAAGGGGUUGCAUUGCUUCCUCUUCUCCACGACCUCAAAACGCCGUCGUCUUCGGUUGCCAGAGAGGUCGAGGUCGGCUCCUACCUGCCACCAUCAACUUCUGACCCUUCCUUCGUUGUUUUCAAGGCUUCGUCUAAAGACACUCCUGCUCUUCGUGCAGGAAAUGUGGAGCCAUACCAAUUCAUACUUCCACCAACAUGGAAGCAGCAACGUGUGGCUAACAUAUUGUCUGGAAAUUACUGCCAACCAAAAUGUGCAGAGCCUUGGGUGGAGGUGAAAUUUGAGGAUGAGAAGCAAGGGAAGGUUCAGAUAGUAGCUUCACCUCUAAUACGGUUGACCAAUAAACCCAAUGCAACAAUAGAAGAUAUUGGAAGUCCUGAAAAGUUGAUUGCUUCUCUUGGACCUUUUGUUACUGGAAAUACUUUAGAUCCAGAUGAGCUUCUUGAGUCGUCAAUCGAGAAGCUUGGAGAUCAGACGUACUACAAAUAUGUGCUUGAGACUCCAUUUGCUCUAACGGGUUCGCACAAUCUUGCAAAAGCAACAGCAAAGGGAAACACAGUUGUGUUAUUUGUAGCAAGCGCAAGUGAUAAACAGUGGCAAUCAUCCGAGAAGACUCUCAAAGCUAUGCUUGAUUCUUUUCAGGUGUAAUACUUCCCCUGAGCCUGAGCCUGAGAUGUACAUCAUAUAAAAGCUUAUUUGAUUGAGAAUUGUAUUCAACCAAAAAAGAGGGAAUGAUUCCAAUAAACUCAAUAUUGGAUAUAAACUCACAUUGUCUAACCAAUCUUGAAUCACAAAAGUUCAUUACAAUUUUUAUUAA